AUGUCUUAUAAAACUUAUAAUUUAUUAUGGGGAGAAGCACAAAGAACAUUAGAUGAUGCACUUCAAAUAGAUACAAUAAUACAAACGGAAAAAUUACAAAGGGAAGAAGCUUUACAAGCCGUAAGCGAAUUAUACGUUAAAUAUAUAGUAAUAGUUAAAAAAUUAGAUCAAUGUUACGAUCAAAUGUUACAACCACAAAAACGAUUAAUCAUACGAAAAGUAUUGGAUGCGACAAUCGGAAGGGUUUUGGAAAUGAAACAAGAAUUGGUAAAUCUCGACAUGUCGGAAUUUAGUUAUUUCGAUGGGAUUUUAACGGAAAUGAAUUUACUACCCCAAGACGUAGAAAUCGGAGUCCCGAAAUAUUACAAGAGAGAAAGGGAAAAUGAAAUAAGGGAGAAAAAAAAAACAAUGGAUGACAUAUUGAAAAAAUUAGGAUAUUUAGAUGAAGAAGAACCGGAAAAGGAAAUGUCGUUGGAAAAUGCGAUACGAUUGAUUCAGGUACACGAAAGAGCGAGACAAGGAAGAUUAAGAUUUCAAUUUAUGAAAGAAAUAAAAAUGCUCAAAGAAAAAAGUAAACCUGAAGCAUUUGGUGGAUCGCAAGCGAGUUCUAAUUUUGCUGCUGCUAUAAGAAUACAAAAAACAUGGAGAGGCUACAUCGAAAGAAGAAAAAUUUUCCGUAAAAAAAUGGAAGAAAUGUUAUUGAUCGGUAUGGUUCAUCCGAGUUUCGUAUCAAGGGAAGAAAGGAAAAAAGCAGAAGAAAUAGAAAAAAUAAGAAGGAAAUUACAAGAUGAAUAUCAAAAGGAUUACGAAAAGCUUAACGAAAUAGAAAAAGAAUCGUGUAGGAAGAGAAAAGAAGGGAAAUUAAUCGAGGACAUGAUUGAUGAAAUAAGAAGUUGGUACAUGCAUGUUAAAAAUCAAACAGGAAAAUUUCCAGAAAUUCCUUCGGAUGAUUCCGGUGGUUCGGCAUUGAUUUUUCGUUCGAGCAGUCGUCAAGGUACCGAAACGUCAUUGAGUAAAUCCACCGGAGGUUCAAGCGAAAGAAGUAAAAAAAGCAGAACGAAAGAAGAUACGAAUAAGAAAAAAAUGAUGGAAGAAGAUGAUGAAGGUUUUAAAAUAUCACCAUCGAAUUUUCUACAGGAAUUAUUAAAUUCUAAAAUGGAAUUCGAUUUGUUUUGGAAUGAAAAAUUAAACGAUACGGAUGAACGACCGUACCUCGAUAUGAUUAAGGCCGAAAACGAAGCAGAAGUUGAAAAAGAAUUACGUAAAAUGGUCGAUGCGAUGAUGAGAGAAGAAUUAGAAAUUCUACAAGCUGCUUUAGAUCGUGAUAGAGCUAAAAAAGGUAAAAAGAGCAAACGUGUAAAUAAAAAAAAGGGUAAAAGAACAGGUAAAAAAAGUAAAAAGAAAAAAGAAAAAGAUUUAACACCGGAUAGAACGUUAGAAUCACUUUUCGAAGAACUCAUAACGAACGGUAUAAUAAAAAAAUAUCCGGAAACAUUGAUAACGGAUUUCAAAGGUGAAAAAUCAUUUGCUAAUUUUGAUUUACGUCAUAGUGGAAAAGAUCCACUUCCGGCAUUGGGUGACAUACGUCAGGUCAUAACGGAAUAUUGCAUACUACCACUCGGAUCGAAAAUCAUACAUCAAAAUUCACCCUUCAUAAGAUCACUUUUAAUAGCUGGACCACGUGGAAGUGGUAAAAAUAUGUUGGUUCAUGCAAUAUGUACAGAAGUGGGAGCCAUUUUAUUCGAUUUAAGUCCUGCUAACAUUGUUGGAAAAUAUCCUGGUAAAUCGGGAUUGAUCAUGUUAAUGCAUCUCGUUAGUAAGGUUGCAAGGCUCAUGCAACCGGCUGUUAUAUACAUGAACGGUGCGGAAAAACCAUUUAUGAAAAAAGUACCAAAAACGGAUAAAACUGAUCCGAAAAGAUUAAAAAAGGAUUUACCGAGAUUAGUUAAAAGUUUUUGUUCGGAGGAUCAAAUUAUGUUAAUCGGAGUAUCGAACACGCCGUGGGAAUGCGAUCAAAAAGCAUUGCAACAAACAUACAAUAAAUUUAUUUUCAUACCAAAACCUGAUUAUUCUAGUUUGAAUAACAUAUACAUGGAACUUUUCUUUAAUUAUUCCGGUGUUAGUCGUCAAUUUGAUGUUGGAGCCAUGGCAAAAUUAUCCGAUGGUUACACGGUUGGAUCUAUUAUAGAAAGCGUAAAAGAAGUUAUGUCUUGCAAAAGAGUUCUUCAACUUGUCGUACAACCUUUAACACACUACGAAAUAAUAAAUGCGUUAAGUAAAAGACAACCCAUAUAUAAAGAAGAAGAGGAAGCUUUUUUACAAUGGUAUUCGAAAACACCGAUAGCUCGGAAAAAAUAUAAAUAUUUAGAAAUGUUACGGGAAGAAGAAAUAAACAUGCAAAAAAAUCAAAAUUGA